UGAGUCCGAUAUGUUUGUUAUUCACUCUCUCAGGAUGAAAAGGAGUUAGGAUUGAGAUGGAGAGGUUGUGCUAGAGAAGUCAUAAUUGCUAGAUGUAGUUCUCCUGCAGUACGGAUGAAGUGUAUACCUUCACAAAUACAAUCUUUGUUUCGAAGCGCACGAAGUAGACUCCCACUAUGAAGACUCAGACAGACGGAAGAGGCUUCGAAAUGAUGCUGGAAAUAUGCACAAUGCUGCAUUCGUUUCAUGGAGCUGUAAAACGAAACUGUGAGUGAGCUUCGUUGGAGGUGAAUAAUUCUGCCUUAGAAUUACUACACGCACUCAUUUGUAGUCGUCUGGUUGAGUACGUAAUCCGUCCUACCUACACUUCCAAUCAUUCUGCCGAAACACGCAAUCCUUUUUGAAAUUACUACUACUGGCAUUAAUAGUGAUGCAGAUCGGAAUUGUAAGAGCACUCGUACACUUGACAGGUCUAAAUAGCCUCUGUCGGAGAAGCUUCAUCGAAAUACAAUGUUUCAUGGUUAUUGACAGAUUUCAAUUGUUUGACGUUGUCAAUCAGCAUAUUGUCAGGAUGGUACUUGAAAUGUAACUCUCUUCUUUCACUUUCCAUUUCAUGUCGUCCAAUGGAUAUUCCGGUUGUUCAGCUGAUGUAAGUAAGUCAGACGUCACCAGAUCAUACCUCCGUGACUGUGCCACUGUUGAGGUGGAUACGAGCAAGAAUCCUAGCCAUGAAUACAAGCUUAUAUUGGAGUUGGCCGAAUCACCGAAUAACAAGGCGACGAGCAACUCAAGCUCCGUGAAAUUGUGUAACAUCCCUAUGUGUCGAGAAGUGAGGCUUCGAUUUACAAUGUUUAGUAGAGCGACGAGCAAUAAAGAAUUCCAACAGAUCUAUACUGAGGAUAUCCGGAAAUCAUUGGACGCUCCGGCAAUCACAAACCUGCACACAGCAGCUCCCCAUGGCCAAAGUGUCGUCUUACGUUGGACACUUCAAAACUACAACGAUUGCAAGGACAAGGAAUUGGUGUUCUUCCUAUUCGGCGAUAAGACAAUCAUGCAACUAGCUAAGGGAGAAGAGAUUAGAAUCCCAUACUUAACCAACGGCCAGAGGUACAGUGUGUAUGCAUUUCCAAAUUGUGUGGACAAGGAAAUACGUGUCUUCACAACUCCGAAAUUCGAGCUGCAUGCGCGUAAGUCAUAUACACUGAUUUCCUCAUGUUAUUAUGUAGUGUUUUUGACUAGUUGAAUCCAGUAAAUAUGCUGUUUUUCAUCACAUAUAAUUAUCGUUU